AGAGCAAGUCAGUGUUCUGUAUCAGAACAUACAUAUAGUGGAACCAAGACUAAUCCAGCCUUAUGAACAUGUCAUUAAGAACUUCAUCCGAGAGAUCAAACUUCAAAGCACGGAGAUGGAAACCUUAGCUAUUGCUGUGAAAAGAGCUCAGGAUAAAGCUGCAGUUCAGCUCAGUGAGCUGGAGGAAGAGAUGGAACAACGGAUACAGGCUGCAGAGCAUAAAGUCAAAAAGGAGGAGAAAAGAAAAGCUGAAGAAGCGCUAAAUGAACUGAAGCGCCAAUAUGAUACUGAAGUUGGGGAUCUUCAGGUGACAAUAAAAAAACUGAAGAAGCUGGAGGAGCAAUCCAAGAACAUAAAUCACAGAGAAGAUGUGGUUGAGCUGAAAAAAAGGAUGCAUGAUAUGUUGCUGGAAAAUCAGAAACUUAAGAAAGAUCUUUUAGAAGCACAGACAAAUAUAGCUUUUCUACAGAGUGAAUUAGACAGUUUGAAAAGCGAGUAUGUAGAUCGAAGUUUGAACACUGAAAGAGAUCUAGAAAUGAUCCGAGAGUAUACUGAAGACAGAGAUAACCUGGAAAGACAAAUUGAAAUACUUCAAUCAGCUAAUAGGAAACUACAUGACAGCAAUGAUGGAUUGAGAAGCGCCCUGGAAAACAGUUUCAGCAAGUAUAACAGAUCGUUGCGGCUAGCAAAUACCUCACCAGGAAAUACCAUUUCUAGAAGCAGUCCCAAAUGUAGUGGUGGACAGUCGCCUCUAAACCCACGGUAUGACAGAUCAUCUCAUUCAUCUUGCGUGGAUGAAGAUUAUGAUUCUUUAGCUCUUUGUGACCCUAUGCAAAGGAUAAACUAUGAUGCUGACAGCUUACCUGAGAGCUGUUUUGACAGUGGUUUGUCUACCCUGAGAGAUUCCAAUGAAUAUGAUUCAGAAGUGGAAUACAGGCAUCAAAGGAUUGUUCAAAGAUCACAGUGUAUGCAAGACAGCUUUGUUGGUGAUGCUUCUGAUACUGAUGUUCCAGAGAUUAGAGAUGAAGAAGCAUAUAGUCCUGACAACAGCAGUACUAUAUUAGACUGGAAGCCUUCACGACCAGUAAGUCGAAGCAGCUCCAUUGCUUCUGCAAGGAAGUACAUAUCUGCUAUUCCUCCUCAGUCAGAUGCAAGAGAAUGUACUCCAAAAUACCCGACCUCAGAGAAGGCGUACAAGAUAGUUCUUGCUGGAGAUGCAGCAGUGGGGAAAUCCAGCUUCCUUAUGAGACUUUGCAAGAAUGAAUUUCGAGGCAAUACCAGUGCAACCCUAGGUGUAGAUUUUCAAAUGAAAAGAUUAGUUGUGGAUGGAGAACCUACAGUACUACAACUGUGGGACACAGCUGGGCAAGAGAGAUUUCGAAGUAUUGCUAAAUCAUACUUUAGAAGAGCAGAUGGUGUCUUACUGUUAUAUGAUGUAACAUGUGAAAGAAGCUUUCUUAAUGUACGAGAAUGGGUGGACAUGAUCGAGGAUGCAACCCAUGAGAAUAUUCCAAUCAUGAUGGUGGGAAACAAAGCAGAUCUCCGUCAAGCAGUUACAGAGCAAGGACAAAAAUGUGUGCCUAUAAACUGUGGAGAAAAACUGGCCAUGACUUACAAUGCACUAUUUUGUGAAACAAGUGCUAAAGAUGGUUCUAAUAUUGUAGAAGCAGUUCUUCAUCUUGCUCGAGAAGUGAGAAAACGAAGUGACAAUGAGGAUGAUACGAGGUCAGUAACCAGCCUGGCUGGGACGCCUGUCAAAAAGUCGGCGCUCAUGAAGAACUGCUGCAAUGUUUGAAUGA